AUGAUCACAGCCCUGCGCACUGCACUGGAGGAUCCGAACGAUUCUGUCAGAUGGAAGACAUGUGAAGCUCUCUGUCAUAUCACUAAAAGUGCAGCAAUGAAUCACGAAAUCGGGUCGUUGGCGACCGCACUAGGAAAUGCCAAUCAUUCCGUCACAUGGAAGGCAUCUGCAACUCUCUGUCAGAUCAGCGAAAAAGCAGCAACCAAGGAAGUGAUCGGAGCGCUGGUGAUCGCACUGGGGGAUGCGAAUGCUUCUGUCAGAUUGAAGGCAUGUGAAGCACUGGGUAAUAUGGACGAAAAGGCAGCAACAAAGGAAGUGAUCGGAGUGCUGGUGAUCGCACUAGGGAAUGGGAUUGCUUCUGUCAGCUUGAAGGCAUGUGAAGUUCUUUGUCGGAUCGGUAAAAAAGCACCAACGACGGACGUGAUCGGAGCGCGGGUUGCCGCACUAGAAAGUGGGAACGAUUCAGUCAGAUGCGAAGCCUGUGAAGUAUUGGGUAAUAUGGGUGAAAAAGCAGCAACGAAGGAAGCGAUCGGAGCGGUCGUGAAGCAAUUAGGGAGUGGGAACAAUUCAGUCAGACGGGAGGCAUGUAAAGCUCUGGGUAAUAUCAGUGAAACAGGAGCAACCAAGGAGGUGAUGGAAGCCAUGCUCACCGCAUUAGGAAGUGGGAAUAAGUCCGUCACAUGCGGAGCAUUUGAAGUAUUGGGUAGUAUGGGUGACAAAGCAGCAACGAAGGAAGUGAUCGAGGCUAUGGUGACCGCACUGGAGAAUGCGAAUGCUUCCGUCAGAGAAAAAGCAUGUGAGGCUCUCGGUAAUAUGGAUAAAGAGGUAGCAACAAGCAGCGUUGUUGGCGCUUUAUUAGCUAUUGCUGGUCACGAUCAUUACGAAUCACUUCGAAAAGUUUUGAAUUCGUCUUCCGAUUUUUCCUACAUAGAUUCAGAUACAGUUUCAGAGUUACUGGGAUUGUGGAAUCGUGAGGCUUGGUUUAUACGCGAUAUACCUUUGGAAAAAAUUAUGAUUGCGUACGUGAAGACUGGUUUUCCUGAAUGGUGGUCUGUUAUUGAGUUGCAUGCACUUCAUACGGAUUGUGCUAUUACCAUUGUUGAGAAUACGGUUAUUGUGUAUGGUAACUCUGAACCAGUAACAUUUGACAUCCGGAGUAGUGAAGAAUUGGUUCGCGCGUUGUCUUUUGCUAAUCAGAUAGGUUUCGUUUGA